GUUUUACUUACCAGAUUAAAUGCUCACUAAAUCUACCAAAAUUGAUAACUGGAAAUCUUGUUUUGAAGAUUAAAAACAGAUUAAAAGAGCUCCAACAUGGCUGUGCUGCAAACCAUAACAGCAAGUCCUCGCAUUUCCUCCUCAUCCUUCACAGGGUGUGGAAAACCAAUAAACUCUCCACGAAUUGUUGGUGGCCAACCAGCCUCAAAUGGGUCGUGGCCCUGGCAGGUCAGCAUUUUACGGAACCUUUAUCCUAUUUGUGGAGGAUCCCUCAUAGCCGAGCAAUGGGUGCUCUCAGCAGCUCACUGCUUCUACAAAAAUAUGGGGUCCAUGUUCCAAUACAAUGUCCUCCUAGGUGCCUAUCAGCUCUCACACGUCUCAGAUAAUGCAGUGAUAUCUGACGUGGAGCAGAUUAUCCUCCACCCUGACUACUACAAUGGUUUGAGUGGAUCCAGUGGAGAUAUUGCUUUAAUUAAGCUGAAGUCCCCUGUGAAGUUCACCAACUACAUCCUCCCCAUCUGCCUGCCAGAGUCCUCUACACAGUUCCCUUUGAACGAAUCCUGCUGGGUGACCGGAUGGGGAAAUAUUCAAUAUGGAGUGCCUUUGCCAGAUCCACGAACCCUCCAGGAAGUCAAGGUGCCACUCAUAAGCCGAGAAGACUGCAAUAUUCUCUAUAACAGUCACCCAGAGCCAAGCCUGGGCUGGGAUCCUAUCAAGCAGGAUAUGAUCUGUGCUGGUUACCCAGAAGGUGGGAAAGAUUCCUGCCAGGGUGACUCUGGAGGACCUUUGGUUUGCCAGCUUGAAGGAGUUUGGACCCAGGCUGGGGUUGUAAGUUGGGGAGUUGGCUGUGCUAAAAGCAACUACCCUGGCGUCUACAUUCUAGUGCCUUCCUAUGCCAACUGGAUCCAAGACAAGAUGGGAAUGAGUGGCGGAAAUGAGAGUGGCGGAAAUGAGAGUGGCGGAAAUGGGAGUGGCGGCAAAAGUGACCAACUACACAACGCCCUUGUUGUGACAUUCACUUUGGUGUCUCUUCUGCUAGGCCUUCUGUGAAAAACCAAUCUAUUGGUUUUCCAUCUUACCUAUAAUUGCCGGGAAUAUUUAGGCUGCUGGAGGACUCUGUUUAAAUCAUCACAUGCAGUAGAUCCAGGGAAACCCACCCCUACUUCUCUCUGAUUAAUACAGGCAUUAGCCUUUGUUGUUGUUGUUGUUUAGUCGUUUAGUCAUGUCCGACUCUUCGUCACCCCAUGGACCAGAGCACACCAGGC